UCCAAGAAAAUGUCUCAAACUUCAUCUUCAUCGUCUUCGUCUUCGCCGGCGAUGGAGAGCUUCGGAGCUUUCGUCGUUCUCUCCGAAGAUCUCGUACUCAAGAUCCUCGCCAAGCUCGAAGCCGACCCACGCGAUUGGGCUCGCAUCUCUUGCGUCUCCUCCCGCUUCUCCACCCUCGUCUCCAACGUCUGCUGCCGCUCCAAGUGCACUCGUUCCAUCCCUUCCGUCGUCUCCGACCUCGUCCCUCUCUCACCUUCAUCUCCUGACCCUCCCGGUGGCUGGGCAUCUCUCCACAAGCUCUCCGUCUGCUGUCCUGGCCUCCUCCAUGCCGGCGUCCUUCUCGAGCACUCUGACUUCGGCCUUGAGCUUGAGAUCGGCCCCGAUCUCCCUUUUCUCCCACGGAAUAAGCCUCAGGCUCCCCCUCUCCCUUCUGAUCCUUCAUCUGCCUCCUCUUCUUGGUCUCUCUUCGAUGAUCUCUAUUUGGACACCGUCUACGACGUCUCGGAGUCUCAGAUCCCGCCUGCUCCUCAACCUCCUGCCGAUGCCGUUGUUCAAGCCCCGUGUAGGAAACGAAAGCGCCAGCUUUCCGGCCAUGUUGAUUCUCACUUGGCCUCCGGUGUCUGGAAUCUCAGCCGCGAGCAAGGGAACAAGCUUCUCGCCAGUAGGUUCAGAGGUGAUUGCUUGUACAUCUGUGAUUGGCCUGGUUGUCUCCAUGUAGAGGAGAAGCGGAAUUACAUGCUUUUCAGGGGUGUUUUCAAGGAUUUCAAGCGGUCUAGGGUUUGGAGGACGAUCAAUGAUGGGAAUCGCAGCAAGAUUGAUCUUUGCUGUGCUUUUUGUGCUUGCAAAGAGACUUGGGACUUGCAUUCUGCGUUUUGCUUGAGAAGGGUGUUUGGUUUCCAUGACGAUGGAGAGCCUGUUGUUCGUGCGUAUGUUUGUGAGAAUGGCCAUGUCUCUGGGGCAUGGACGGAGAGACCAAUGUACACCUAAAGCUCAAGAAGAAGUUUCUCGCGUGUGGAUGGAAAGGCCUAUGUAUGUAUGGCUGGAGCAGGAGCAGGAGCAGCAGCUUUGGUAUACAAUCCUGCUCUUUGGUUGAUUGUUUUUCUUGAGAAUAGUAUCAAUUUGAUUAUGCUAUGCUGCCUGUUUAGAAUUGUGUGCUAAUACUGAAAAUUCCCAUUUUAUAUCUAGUGUUUGGUGUUGCUUCUGUUGAUACUGAAUUUUAAUAUGAACAGCUUUGGUUAUUCUGUUUCUUUGGGUUUCA